CCCCGCUUCCCCCUCCCACAGCCAGCUGAGGUGAAUGUGCUGGUGGGAUCAGACCGGGGGUCACUGCUGGUGAACGGGCUAACGCUGGGGGGGCAGAAGUGCUCCGUGAUCCGCGACAGUCUCUUGGUGGACGGUGAAUUCACCAUGGACCUGCGCACCAAGAGCCCCGACGGCCCCACCUUCAACGUCACUGUUGCCACCACCCACAAGACAAUUGUGCUAGUCAUGGGCAAGGAGGGCAUCCACGGCGGCUGCGUCAACAAGAAGUGCUAUGAGAUGGCCAAUCACCUGCGGCGGUCCCAAUAUUGAGCCUGGCCCCGCCUCUUGCACCCAUUGCUCCUCCCCCCCUGCGGUACUACUGAGGCCAGCACCCCUUUCCUUCCCCAGCACCUCGGGGGUGAAUCCCCCACCUACCUACCCCCCACCCUCAUGGCUGCCAAACCCACCCUGGGGUUCCCCCCACCCUGCCCAGGGGGACCCCCAGAGUCACCCAUUUUGGGGUUUUUCACCUUUUUUCUUACUGGCUUUUAAUUUUUGGUCUUUUUUUUUUUUUCUUUUUUUUUUUUUUUUUUUUUUUUUUUUUUUUUUUUU